AUGGAACGGCUGAAGCAGGUAAAGUUAGACAUUUUUCAGUGAAUUAGCUCUAGAUACUCUCCGUGUUCCGCCUCACGUUUAUGGCAAAUUCACCUAAAUCGAGCAAACACGCAAAUAAUAUAAUAGACUUAUUAUGCAGUGAGAAAUGAGAGCUCAGUUGGCUGGUUUGCAAUUUAAAAACCAAUUUGCAGUCUCUCUGCAUCUGAUAUUAUGUUGUUUUUGCAAGCUUCUACUUAAAGCUCCUGUAAGAAGUUUUCUUUUUUGUUUAUGAAACACUGAUAUUCUCAUCCAUUCAUUUCUUUUCUUUUCUGUACAUGUGUUUUAAAUCUUUGAAGCCUUUGAAUCUAUUUGGCUUGUGCUUUUACAGAGCAGAAUAGGCUAUUUGACACACUUAAUGAAAUGUAGCUACAACUCAAAGUAGACUUAAGGUUGGAGUGGUGUUUACUGAUUCUAUCUUCACUGCAGAUGGAGGACGACUCCAUCUUCAAUAUGAGUCAGAGCAGAGGAUUUUCUGUUCCCCCUCCUUUGCCCUUGUCCUUUAAUGAAGAACCUUCAGAUCUGUAUAAAGUAAGUCACUGCGUCAAAUUUAGAGAUAGUCAUCCUUUCCAGAUAAGUCCAGAAUAUUUCAAACUCUGCCGCCAAAAGUGAACCAAACACUGCUUUUUUUUCCCCCAAGAUUGUCUCGAGGCACAGUCAUUACCCACCCAUCCUCCAGACCAAGUCACGGACUCUGGCUGUUCCCUUCAAAGAGCAACGUCAUCAUCGCUCGCCCAGUGAGUCCAUUGCAAACAACUUCAGCCCUGGAGCACAGGACCUCAAGAUUAUAAAACUUCAGCACAGGCGCAUUACUGUACGCCAGACAUUUGCAAAAUCAGCAAGGUCUUGUAUCCUUUGUGAUUUCUCUCAUAUCAAACCCCAGGCUGAAACCUACCUGAGGAUAUCUGUGACAGAAAUGUGUCUAAUUUUGUUUUAUGGUGAUAGUUUUACACAAAAACCCUGAAGACUGCUCUACACAUGUAUAAUUUUAAAUUGUUGAUCUUAAUGAGAUUUUUAGCAUUCAUCCUACCUGGAAGGAGUCCAGCGAUAACACCAAGGAAGAGGUUGUUAUGCCUUUAAAAGUACACAUUACAAUUGUUGCUUAUAGUGGCAUUACCAUGUUUUCCUGGAGGAGCUCAAUUUUACAUGUUCAUGCUUUUACAGGAUUUCAUCCUCCAGGGCUACAAUAACACCUCAGCCAAAGUCCAGAUCAAGAAACAGUUGCACUCCCAGUAGCCGACCUCUGAGUCCUGAAGAGCAGCUGGACAUCAUGUACAGCCAGGAGCAGAGGAGGAAGGCCAUGGAAAGAGAGCCUAAUGAGAGAGACCUGGAGGCAAGUAUUCAGGAUUCAGAAAUGGAUGUGACUUAGAUCCUUUAUUCUCAUAUUUCUGAUUUUUGAUCUAAACUCUACUCCCACAGAGGUAUAUGUAUUAUAUCACUACUGGCAUCCCCAGCUCUGUGCUGGCACCUCAGCCCUGCCAACAGAUGAUAAACAUCAGUCACCUGCUGCCUCCUGUCAGCGGGAAUAAUAAACACCUCCAGAUUAUGAGGGCAAACUUGGAGGAAGAGGUCAAAAGAGAUUAUUACCUCAGCCUCAAGAGGAGCACAGGUGAUUCUUGGAGACUUUUUAAACCAAUAUUAUCCUCAUUAAUGUAACACCUUAAACUCCUAUCAAUCUAUCAGUCACUAUAAAAUUGCUCCCAUGCUGGUCUUUGCUAGUGGACUACAUCCUGAUGGAUCCGUCAGAGCGGGAGCGACUGUCCAUAUCCAGCAUCCCUAAGCCCUAUCCCAGGAGGCUAAUCCGUGCACCAGUGCCCUGGGCAAUGAGCUACAGGGAGGCUCACGAGUGGCUAGGUCAACAUCUGUAUUCUGUCAAUCACAUCAUGGUUCAUCUCCAGGAUGUCUGGCUGAACAGGUGAAAGUCUGAGUGUGUAGUUUGUGCAUCAUAGAUCAUUUUUUAUAUUCAGUUGUUUUGUUGCUGCUCAACCUUCUGAACACUUUUAUUUUAUUAAAAUGCCCCGGUUACACUGUUAAGUAUUUAGCAUGAGAAAAAGUUUUUAUGUGCUGCAGAUGUUUCCAUUUUCUUUGCAAAAAGUAGUCUCUAAACUCUCUAUUUUUCAGCUCAGUGCAAUUCUAUGACACUGCCUGUGGUUUUUAGGAGCUGUCUUAAUGCAAUGUUUUCUUUCAUGCACAAGUUGUCAUUUGCAGUAGGUUUAAGUCUAGAUAGAUUUGCUUAAUGCUUUAAGUACAUGGACAUGGUCUCACGCUUCAAAUUCAGCUGGAAAAUAUUAGCCUUCAACUUGUUUUUUUCUUUGUCGGAAUAAGUCCUGCAUAACAGGGACUCAUAGAAAAAAAACUACAUUUUACAAUACUGCUUGUUUUGGAAUAUAGAGAUACACUUAAUACAUGUUGUGCGCAACAGCUUCAACAACUAUGCCAUUGGACGCCACAUUAUAAAGGACUCUUCACUCCCUUACAACAAUCAUUUUAACAGUUGAGCUGCUGUCUUAUAAGUGUUUUGAUAGAGCCAGUGGAAAGUAAUUAUAAACCUUUUUUUAAUGUGAAGGUUUCUCAAGAACAUUGAAAGUGUGAAUAUGUGUUUACAGGUGUGUCUGUGGUUAUUUUCAUAUGUGUUCAUUUUGUUUGGUUUUUCCUGUAUUGCUGCAGGACGGCCCCGGAAAGGAAAUCUAGAGCUCAAUGGGUCCUCCCUGCUGAAGCAAAGGAUGAAAUUUAAAGAUGUACUAACAAAUGUCGCAAAUAAAGUUAAUCUAGAAAAUAUGAAUCUUUUUCAGCUUCUCAUCCUUGAGAUUUGUUCAACUUGAGGACCUUUUCUCUGCCAGCCUCCCCUUCCCGCCAUCUAAGUUUGAGGAGUUUGUCCAGGAACAGUGCCAACACACACGAAAUGAACUGAUCCAAAAGUGAGUACUGCCAGUACUAGACUCUCAGCACUGCCAGACCGUCAGUGACAACAUGAUGUGCUUUCUCUAUCACUGGUGUGUGUCCUCUCUUGUCUUUGGCUUUUCUUUAGCUUGUACUGAAUGCCCACAGUAUGUACACAACUGAGAGAGCUGAUCCUCGUCUAUAGGUGGUCUCAGGUUUCCACCUUGUCCACUCUGUCAGGGCCACGUCAGGCUGCUUUUCAGAGGAUUGUUUUACACGCUGCCUCACUUUAGGUUUUCAUUGCGUCCUUUGUCUCCCGCCUGUUGUUGAGUAUGAAAGACUAUGUCACAACCAUGGAGGAAGUGGAGCCGCAUGACAGAAAUAUGAGACGCUGUAAUUAGCAGAAGCAAGUUGCUGUUUGUUUUCUUGCUUGUAAUUUGCACCUCCAAGAACUCUAUUAUUCUGAAGUGACUCCGUUUGUUAGCCGUACUUAUAAGAUUGAUGACCUUCAGUCUUUGUUAAAUAAGAAAAAAUACAGUCCGAGCACAUAUUCAGACUAAAGUUUUCAUUUAGAGGAGAUCUAACAUACUUGAUUUAACUUUAAUUGUGUCAGUCUAGGACAUCUAAAGAGUAGCUUUGCUUGAUUUGUAGCUCAAAAAUCUCCUAAUUUACCUUUUCCUGGGGUCCAUUACUAUUGUCUCUCAUUAUCUGCUGCUUGAAAACCACAAAUUCCCAGUUUGGGGAUGAAUAAAAUAUCUGUCUAUCCAUCUUAAGAGAAAACUUACAACUCAACCCUCUGCUCUCAGGUGGCUGCCUCUCUGUGCGUCAGUCUUUAACACUUAUCAGCACCUGUGGCAUCCGCUCUUACCUGAGAGCAAGCAGGAGCCUCCAGUUGCUUUGCAGGAGUUCUUUAGCUGUGUGGCCGCUCUCAUGUCCCUGCAGCUCCGGAGCUUGGUGAUCAAAUCUUUAGAAGACCUUCUUUAUGUCUUCACUUUGCAUGAGGUAUUCAAUCAAAUGAAGUUUUUUUUAUCAAACUUAAACAGCCUUCGUAUUUUCUAGGAGGAGCCUCUCAGUCUUUUCACUCAACCACCCUCUAUUUAUCUGCAUUUUUUAGGGAGGUAACGACUUUGGUGAUGUGUAUGAUGAGGUGAAGUUUGUCCAGUCUCAGGUGCUGAUGGUAAAGCUACAAGUGAACCAACAGCACAUCGACUUUAGUCCGAGCUUUCAGGAAUGCUGGGAGCUCAUGUGCCGAGCAUUCAUGGAAAUCAUCAGGAGUGCUGAGAAGCUCCCCAGGGUGCGGUAUUUCCUUUGGAAUACAAGCAAUAACUCAAUACCACCUUUUUGAAUGUACCCAAAUAACAGCAAUGCCCUAUCAAACGCAUCAAACGAGGACAAUCUGUGUUUAAUUUUGCUUCACCAGGUGGAAUGUUACCUUUUCACCAAUUGGGACGACUUGUAUUUACGCACCGUCGAUCCCGAUGAGCCAUUGGUCCAGAGUUUGAUCAACAAAGCCAAAAAGGUGCUCCAGGAGAACACCGCAGGACCUACAAAGUAAUGACAAAUAAUCUGAACCUGUGUAAGUGAAAUAUCCACAUGUAACAGCAACUGUGCAAGAAGUUCUUAUGAUAUAUCUCAUUUCUAGGUAUUUGAAUGUAUAUAAAAAAUACAUGAGUCUGCUAGACCAUACAGCAAAGCAGGAGAUAUCUUCCUUUCUGAAAGAAAAGCACUCAUUAGAAGAGUUUACCGAGGUAAUUGAAACUUUCAUUCAAAAUUUGUUCUGAAAAUGUUUUUCCUUUACUCACUAAAGUUCUCUUACCCCUCAGAAAAUUGAAAGCAUCAAUCUCUUGUGGAAGGAGAUCGCCUCGCUGCGUGUUACAGUGCCUCUAUCCAUGUUUUGUCUGAAUGCUGGUGAGCUGAAUGAAGACCUCUGUGAGCGUGCCAAGGGACUCGAAAACAAGAUUAUCGUGUUUAAAGUGGAGGAAAACCGAGAGCUGAACAAAGAGUGAGACUUCUUUAACUUUAUCAUUUCUUAUGUUUCAUUACAUUUCAUUCAAACUGUAAAAAAAAACACACGAUUUUGCUUCUUGUAGGAUUUGUCAAAAAUAUGAGGAGAUAACUGAAUUCAUCAGACAGCCCUGUGAAACCACGGAGAUGUUGGUUUCUGUCGAUCACUACAUUAAAAACACCAGGGAAGUGACCGUUCACAAGCUGAUAGAUGAGGUUGAUGAAGCAACACACCGCCUCAGCUUCCUCCUGGCCUAUGCCACUCUAUCCUGUAAGUGACACUGCAGUAUUUGCAAAUUUCAAUCAAAAGUAAUCAUGUCAAGAACACAAACACAGAGAUGAUGCAUAUUUUACAUAGUCUUUUUUUAAAAAUAUAGGUCCUUUCUGCUUGUAGGGAUAUUGAAAUAUGCAGUUUUUAUGUCUUCCUUUCUACAGCUGAUGACAUGAGGCUGAACACCCAUCUUUUCCGGUGGCCCAAUCAGAUCCUUAUUGAGCUGGAAGAAGGCAAGACUUGUCUAUCAACCAUGAGAGAAGAAGCUGAGGACCAUCUUAACACAAGGUAAACAAAGUGACUUUCAAACUCCAACCACCCUACCUAACUGGGUAUUUGUCCGUUAACUAGCUUUGAUGUAACAAAUCUUACUCCCCUUGCUUCUUUUAGGAUAAAUGACUUUGAAGAAAGACUGCAGGGUGUGGAAAUGGAGAUCCAGACCUUUAGGAAGGAGGAAAUUAUGAACAUAGAGGAGAUGAAGAACAAUGUGGAGAAACUUGCUCAGAUUACAGAUAACCUUGAGUCUGCUCUUAUUGAACUGGAGGUAAAAGACACUGCAAAAUGACUAACAUGCAGAAAAUAGCUGCCAGGAUUACCCAGGCGAUUUUGAAUUGAAGAUUUAAUGCAGAAAUUGAGCUUUGUCCCUCUUUUACUCCCACAGGAUAUCAACAAAGAGCAGACUUUGUUAGAGAAGGAACAGAGCCAGUUCCCACUGCUCCAAACUCUGAUCGCUGACAAGCAGCCAUUCGACCAGCUCUGGACCACAGCACUGAACUUCCAAACCAUGUCAGACGAGUGGAUGAAUGGUGGGUGACUCACAGGGGCCAUUUUGAUCUUUUACUUUGAGUCUGCGCUUCAGUCCCCAAUGGUACAAUUACAGUGGCAAUAAGCAACAUAAACAUUACAACCGAAGAAAAUCUUCCACCUCUCCAUCUGCCACCUAAAAUCACUGUGGAAACCCUCCAACCAAAUGACGCACCAACGAAUAUGUGCAUUUUGCCAGGCCUAAGCAGGAAAGUCAAGGUUGAUACUGCAAUACUCAAAAAAAUCCAAUGAACUUUUUGAAAAGUUCAGCACCAGCAGGACUGAUAUAUCGCUCAUCACAUCAAUCUGUUACAUACCAGACCUGCACAAUAUGAGCUCAAGGUUUUAUCCUGUUUUGGGUCAUAAUCAGCGACAGACGGUGUGUAACUGCUACAUACUGUGAUGGACUUUGAGUACCAGCGCUUUUAUAGAGAUAGAAUCAGGUCCUUUUAAAGUUACUUCUACUGCUUCUACUUCUACAAUUACUACUAUUACUCCUACUUCUUCUACUACUCCUUCUUCUUCUGCUCCAACUACUACUCUUACUCGUACUACUACUACUUGGUCUUGCAUUACUGCUACUAAAACUAAAUCUACUACUUCUAUUACUCCUACUACUACUAUUAAUUAAGUACUAUUUAAAUAAUACUAUUAAUUCUUCACUACCACUAAUACUACUACUCCUACUCCUGCAACUUUUCCGACUACGACUGUAACAACUUCUUCUACUGCUCCUACUACUACUCCUUUGACUUCUGCUUCUACUACUUCUUCAUAUACAACCUCUACUUCUACUAUUACUACAUCUAUUUCUUAUUUUUCUUCUUCUUCUACUACUACAAUUACAACUCCUACUAGUACUACUUCUAUGACCUCUUCUUUUACAGCUAUUUCUACAUCUAAGAUUUCUUCUUCUACUUUCACUCACAAUACUAAUAAUAAUAAUAACAGUUAUAAUGAUUAGAUUAGAUUAGAUUAGAUUAGAUAGACUUUAUUGAUCCUUUUGGGAAGGUUAUCUCAGGGAGAUUAAAAUUCCAGCAGCAUCAGUAUGAACAAAAAAAAAACAGAAAAAAACAUCAAACAAUAAAUCAAUCAAUAAAUAAAAAUAAAAUGAUCAAAUAAGUAAGAAAAAAAAUGCAAUAUAUAUGAAGAAUAAAACUUAAAAUAAAUUAUUUACAUAUAAAAAGUGAGAUAUAAAGCCAUGGACAUUUGCACAUUACUAUUACUGCAACUACUACAAUUAAUACUAUGAUGCAACUAUGCCACUGCUAAUAUGACAUAAUAAUAAUAAUAAUAACAAUAAUAAUAAUAAUAAUAAUAAUAAUAAUAAUAAUAACAAAAACCCAGAUUUUUUGUGUUGAUUUAAUAAACAUUAUGACAUGCAGCUGCUGCUUUAGCUUUUAAAAGCUCACAGCAUGUGCAUGUACAAUGCCUGGUCGUUUGACGUCUUUUUUCUCAUGACCUCCAGGCCCAUUUGGCAACCUGGAUGCAGAGAAAAUCUCAGAUGAGCUGGACGUCAUGUGGAGGACAAUGCACAAACUGACUAAGACUUUCUCCAGUCUACCUGGGCCUGGCCGUGUGGUUAGACUCCUCAAAAGCAAGAUAGACCUGUUCAAGCAGCACCUCCCUAUCCUGACAACCAUCUGCAACCCGGGAAUCAAAGAGCGUCACUGGGAGAAGGUCACCUGAAUUAAUAUUCUUUUUGAUUCAGUAGCUCAGGUGACACGGAGAGUAAUCCAGCGUCAGAUUCACUUUGUAAGGACUAAGUGUCCUGUGAUCCGUGAAGCCGCUGUGAAUAAUUUAUGAGUCUUUUGUCUGUCUACAGAUUAGCGGCAUUGUGGGCUUUGAUGUCAGUCCGGAUGUGAACAGUUCACUGCUGAAUAUGUUGGAGCUGGGGCUUUCUAAGUUUUCUGAUAAGUAAGUCAUUGACAGCAUUAUGCAGUGCUGGGAUACAUCAAAAGGGCGCUGUGCCUGGGGGGAAACCAGCAUUGGUUUUUAUUUUGAUCAAACAUUUUCAUGACUUGAAGGUGGUUCAUUUUUGAUUUAUUUAACUCGGCCUUAGACUGGAAGAGAUUGGUGCGUCAGCCAGUAAGGAGCACUCUCUGGAAAAAUCCAUGGAGAAGAUGAAAAAUGAAUGGGCAGAGCUCCGGUUCUCCUUCACUCCAUACAGAGAUACAGUAAGAACGACUUAGUUAAACCACUUAGUUAAUAAGUUAUCGACCAACAGAUAAAAAUGCUUUAACACCAUGACUCAACUUUAAUCCAUUAUGCUUUUUACUCUGUUACAGGGUACAAAUAUUGUGUCUGCAGUGGAUGAUAUCCAAGUGCUUCUUGAUGACCACAUUAUUAAGACACAAACAAUGCGAGGCUCACCUUUCAUUAAGCCAAUCGAGGCUGAAUGUAAGGUAAGGAACUCUCAACCUGUAACACCAAAUCAAAUCAGUAAAGACAGCGGAUAGAGCCCACAUUUCUGAUCAGAUAACAGACUUGUCCUUUCAUGUCCUGACACACAGUUAUAAGUGAAUUAUUUUAAAACCAACACUGUGACAUGAUAAAUAGAUUUGGGAAAAGCCAGGACUGUGUGUGUGCUCAAAUCCGCAGACUAAAACAACAAAAGUCACUCUGGUUUUGUGCAGACACAGGCGGCUUGGGCACAAUUUCAUGCCAGAACAAGUAACAAAAUUGCCUGCUCUUUACAAACACAAUCUCAUUUUUACCACGCUAUAAACCAGAGAGUGUGUGUUUUUUUAGCUAUAAAAUAACCAUAAAAAGGCCUUGAACAGCCUGUUUGUGGAAAUCCACAUUGCUUUUUAUCGUUUUGCAUCAAAAGGAUUCCGUGUUAACAACCAUUUUCAAGGAAUUCUGAUUGUACAGUUUUGUUUUACAUGCAUUUGUUUGGUAUGACUUGGCUUCAUGGAUAUGCUACAUCAUUUUGUAAACCAUAUUUAAAAUAAUCCGUCAUUAUUGGACGGUUGUGGCUUCUUAAACCCUACAUUUAUAUUGUUCUAACCUCUUUCCUCUUCUAACCAAUUUCCCCUCAGUGAUAAAUGAAGUUCUUCUUCUCUUAUCUUAAAAAGCAAUGGGAGGACAAGCUGCUGAGCAUGCAGGACAUCCUAGACUCCAUGUUGACAUGUCAGGUUACCUGGCUCUACCUUGAACCGAUCUUUAGCUCUGAAGACAUCAUCGCACAGAUGCCUGAGGAGGGACGCAAGUUUGCAGUCGUGGACGGAUACUGGAAGAACAUCACAGCUGAAGCAGUAAGAUUCUCAUACCACACAAUGAUCUAUUUUAACUCAUUCAGAAUCAGUUUUCAUGCACUUUCCUCUGCUUUGUGUGAUUUUACCGCUUCAGGUCAAAGACACACGUGUGCUUGUGGCCACAGGCCAGCCAAACAUGCUGCAGCGUUUACAGGAAUCCAAUGUUUUUCUCGAUGACAUCCAAAAAGGUCUCAAUACUUACCUGGAGAAGAAGAGGCUCUAUUUUCCAAGGUUACAACCCAGUGCUAGUUCUGCUUACAGAUAAAAAGUGGGCACUUAACGUUUUUCGUCAUAAUUUCCAAGAAUGCAGUGUGGAUUUUAUGUUUUCUCUCCACCCUCAUUUAUCCUCAGAUUCUUUUUCUUGUCCAAUGACGAGCUGCUGGAGAUCCUCUCCCAGACCAAAGAUCCUUUGUGUGUGCAGCCUCACCUGAAGAAGUGCUUUGAGGGCAUCGCCAAACUGGAGUUCACUGAGGACAUGGCGAUCACUGGCAUGAUCAGCUCAGAGAAAGAGACUGUGCCCUUCACAGAGAGGAUUUAUCCAGCCCACGCAAAGGUACACAACAAAGUCAUUUGUUUUAUUUGUCCUGAUUUAUGUUUGCAGAUUCACUUUCAACUCUUUGGAUACACACGGUGGUCUGUCUCUGUUUGUUUUGUAGGGAAUGGUAGAGAAGUGGCUGCUGCAGGUCGAGAAUCUCAUGCUCAAGAGUGUUCGGCAUGUCAUCCAUCAAGGAGUCAUCCAGUACACAGAGGUAUUCGGAGCUGAAACUUUCUAAUAUGUAAAGAAACCAAGGCAUGUCUCUCCUUGGGACUGAGAUGAAUUUUAAUCUUAAUUUAAAGAUAAGCAAUAUCUAAAAUUUGCAAUAAAAAGUCAUGAAAGACUGUUUUCUACUCUUCAAACAUUUACAUUUGUGCAAAUACAGUAUGCUCCAUGGAAAUAAGCAGUGAAUAAAUUUUAUUUCUACCAUCUAAUGUUUUUUCAUGGUCUAGCUGCCCAGAAAAAAGUGGGUGUUGCAGUGGCCUGGCCAAGUUGUCAUUUGUGCCUCCUCCGUAUUUUGGACAUCUGAAGUAUCUGAAGCCAUCCAGACCAAUUCUCUUCCUGUCAGUAGCAGUACAUACAGUCCAUCACCUCAUACAAAAAUAAUAUCCCUGCCUAAAAUAUUACACCCUAGUCUUAACUGUGUACUUAUUUUUAUUCCAACAAAGGCCUAUGUGGAGAAGUGUAAUGCUCAGAUUGCUGACAUUGUGGAGCUGGUGCGUGGGAAGCUGCCAGGAGGUGCAAGGAUGACCCUCGGCGCUCUCACUGUGAUUGAUGUUCACGGUAAUUUAAUUGUUGUUAUAAAUUUAUGACAUCUGAUGAUCUUUUGAACUCACUCUGUAUCAAAUGCUGCUUUUUUCUCUCAGCUCGGGAUGUUGUGGCAAAACUAGCAGAGGAUCGCAUCUCCUCCCUGAAUGACUUUGCAUGGAUUUCUCAGCUGCGCUACUUCUGGGAGGAUGGAGAAGUGAUGCUGCGAAUGAUCACUACCUGCUUGAAAUAUGGCUAUGAGUAUCUGGGCAAUUCUCCGCGUCUUGUUAUAACUCCACUCACUGACCGCUGCUACAGGUAUUUCACAUUUUAUAUAAUAGACAAACUUUUUCCUUUGAUAUGGGAAGAAAUACAGACUUGAUUCCUUUUUUUGAAUUACACUACAUUUUUUACCAGAACUCUGAUGGGGGCUUUAAAGUUGAACUUGGGGGGAGCGCCUGAAGGUCCAGCAGGAACUGGCAAAACAGAGACCACAAAGGAUCUGGCAAAAGCACUGGCCAAACAGGUACAUUAAACUAGUUAGCAUUUAGCACUGAUCAGCAAUUUAUCUUAAAUUUUUCCGGACAUUAAAGGUCUUCUUCUUUUUGCUAGUGUGUGGUGUUCAACUGCUCUGAUGGUCUGGACUAUAAGGCCAUGAGUAAGUUCUUCAAAGGCCUGGCUCAGUCCGGGGCUUGGGCCUGCUUUGAUGAGUUCAAUCGCAUUGAGGUAAGAUUAUUAUGGGUGAAGAUGAAUUUAUUGUUUUUUGUUUUGAAGCUCACAGUUGCUCAUUUAGGUAAAGAAUCAGAGCAAGAGUGAUUAUGGAUCUAAAAUCAAGUUUGCACACUCACAUAUUAGCAGAAACUUUCCAAGAAAUGAAGAUAAAUUUAGAUCAGUUGCAGCUCAGCAGGAUGUGAAGAGGCUGCUUGGCUUUUGUACCAAAUUGAUUGGAUUAUUUUUAAUACUCUUCAAACUGUGGGAACAAAUAGAGUGAUUGAUGGAUUGUUCCUCUUAAAAAGCACUGCCUUCAUUUCAUUUCUUGAGCUGUACUCUGCUAUAAUCUUUAACAAAAAUGGACCAUGUUAAGAGUGAACACUUGACAAGAUUUACUCUGCAAGUGAAUUACAAUCUAGUUAAGGCAGCAAACCCAUGUUCUUAGCCUGAUAGGCUUAAACUAUUGAAUAAUUGGAUGAUCCCUGAGAGAACUUCUGUCAGUAUAUUGGCAUGAUACAUAAUAUUUAAUACAUCAGGUAUUUGAGUUUGUCAGUUUACUAUUGAUAUUGCACAUAACAGACACAACACAGAUUUUAAUCCCUCAAAUUUGUACAAUUCUUAAAAAGUUCGCCUAAUUACCUUUUAAAUACCUGCAGAUCACCUGCUGUUUAAUUUAAGAAAGGCAGUUAUCACCUUUUACACCUGUUGUAUCUUAUGUACCUGAAACAGUUUUAAUAGGAUUGACUGUGAAAUUAACUUCAGUGAUCUGUCGUUUUACUCCAAUUAAUAUUCCUCUUAAAGUGCCCGUAACAACUUGAAUGUUUCAACUUCCUAAACUUUUUAAAAACUGGAUUAAUUAAGCAAUUUAUUAUUAUUAUUAUUAUUAUUAUUAUUGUUAUUAUUAUUAUUAUUAUUAUUUAAUUUAAUUUAUUUAUUUAUUCAUUUAUUUAUUUCUCCCCUGCAAUGGCCCAAAUUUAAUGUUAGCCCCGGGACAAGGGUGGGGGCAAGGGGUGUGGAUAAAUGGAAAUGUAAUGAAAUAAAACAAAAUAAAAAAUUGAUCACACACACAAAAAAAUACAAUAAAAUAAAUAACUAAAUAAGCUUUUUAACAACUGGCAUAAAUAUCAGCAUAAAACCACACAAGGGUCACAGACUGACAAGCUGUGUAUGUGAUGUGUUACUAGAGGGUCCUCUGGGGCCUGCAUCCUGCCCCCUGGUGGAUAAUUGAUGAUUUACAUAUACCUGGAUAUAUUGAUGUCUCUUCCAGGAAUAAAAGUAUCACCCUGAUGAUGUAGAGGUCUCUCAAACUUCGUAUUUAACAUGAUGUGUUCAUAAUUACUUGGUUUCUCAUUGCUUCCUAACUGUGUUUGUUGUGUGCUCGUCACAGGUGGAGGUGCUCUCUGUGGUGGCUCAGCAGGUCCUUUGCAUACAACAGGCCAUUGCCAAAAAUCUGAAGACGUUUCUGUUUGAGGGGACAGAGUUGUCACUUAACCCAACGUGCUCUGUGUUCAUCACCAUGAACCCGGGUUAUGCUGGCAGGGCUGAGCUUCCAGAUAACCUGAAGGUACAUGCUGAGAUUGAAAUAGCCUCGUCUUAAAGCUAAUUUAACAGAUCAGAGAGUGAAGUUAAAGGUGAACUGUGAAAUGGUGAGACACAGUAAGAUGCUGCAGCAGGUAGUACAUUUGUCAAUCUUUUCCUGCAGGCUCUUUUCCGUACAGUAGCCAUGAUGGUGCCAGACUAUUGUCUCAUUGGAGAAAUCUCAUUAUACUCCAUGGGCUUCAUUGAAUCUCGCAGGUAUGAGUGAAUUACCUCUUCAACAAAACAGCCCAGUGUUUUUUCCAAGUAGGUUGAUUCACCGAGCUUUAUACAUCUCUGAUUUUACCAAUAGUCUGGCUCAGAAGAUCGUGGCCACCUACCGCUUGUGCUCUGAGCAGCUCUCCUCCCAGCACCACUAUGAUUAUGGUAUGCGAGCUGUAAAGUCAGUGCUGACUGCAGCAGGGAAUCUGAAACUGAAGUACCCGGAGGAGAACGAGAGCGUGCUGCUGCUGAGGGCGCUGAUGGACGUCAACAUGGCCAAGUUUUUAGCCCAGGAUGUUCCACUGUUCCAGGUGACAGAUCAGGAGCACGGUUCAAGGCUGCUUUUUUUUUCCAUUUAUCAUAAGGUAAAACAAUUAUCCAAUGUUAUUUCUCUACUGCUGCCCACAGGGUAUCAUCUCAGAUUUAUUCCCCGGCAUCGUCCUUCCAAAACCAGAUUACGAUCUCUUCCUCAAGGCUCUUCACGACAACAUCGCCAAACUCAAUCUCCAGCCUGUCCCAUGGUUCAUUGGAAAAAUUAUCCAGGUGCUGAAGAGGAAUAUUUUCUUCAUUAAGGCCUUUACUACCUUUUGUUUUGCAUUAACCACAUUAAUCAACAUAGUGAUGAUCUUGUCUCUGUUUAUAGGUGUAUGAGAUGAUGUUAGUUCGCCAUGGUUUCAUGAUAGUAGGAGAUCCAUUAGGAGGAAAGACCUUGUCAUACAAAGUUCUUGCUGCUGCUCUGGGAGACCUUCACAAGGGUUAGUGUUUCAACUUACAAUUGUCCACAAGUUUCAAACAUUUUCAACCUAUUUGCAAAGAUUUAAAUUUGUUAUUUAAAUCUGUUAUUCAAAAAGUUAUUCAAUAUUUUUCUAACUUUUCAGCUAAGUUGAUGGAGGAGUUUGCAGUUAACUACCGUAUCAUCAACCCCAAGGCCAUCACCAUGGGCCAGCUGUAUGGCUGCUUCGAUGCAGUCAGCCACGAGUGGUCUGAUGGUGUGCUUGCCACCUCCUUCAGGGAUCAGGCCAGCUCCACCUCAGAGAAUCGACAGUGGAUCAUCUUUGAUGGGCCCAUUGAUGCCGUGUGGAUUGAGAACAUGAAUACUGUGCUAGAUGACAACAAGAAGGUAGUCUGGUGCUUCUGUUGCAGUGUAAUCCCGAUAGUCUUCUCAAAUUAACUCAGGGCACUUGUGCUCUAAUGAAAAGGAAAGCACUCAGUCCUUACCUCAACAUUAAUGCUCUGCUGAGACCCACCAUACAGCCCAAGUAUGUAGGCAGAUGCAGAUUAAUCAGUAGCAAUAGCAUACACUUCACUGUGGUGAUCAUGUGGGCAUCUUCCUUCACUGGUGUUAUGCUAAGUUAGGUCCUUAUCACCUUAACAGCCAAUUUCCCCAUCCCUGAACCACCCCUUUCCAUGCUGACUCCUCCCACCGUAAUCCCACACCAACACAGGGGAGAAAAAGCAGAAACAGAGAAAAAAAAUAUCUAGAUAAAUGUUAGCCAAGAUUAUGCAGAUAAAUGCUGAAAAGAGGACAGAGCAGUCAGAUUUUUGGACACAGUUUCCAUUACGUGAAAUACUUUGAUCUACUACAUGUCCAUUAGUCACAUGUUGGCCAGAUUUAAAGGUUUUUGUGAGAUGAACAAAUUGGAUUAUCAGUCUCUCUCUUGUCUUUCCCUUGUCUCUGCUAGCUUUGUCUGAUGAGUGGUGAGAUCAUCCAGAUGAGUCCGAAAAUGAGUCUGAUUUUUGAACCUGCUGACCUGGAGCAAGCCUCUCCGGCUACCGUUAGUAGGUAAGUAACUUAGAGAGAAGCUGACCAAGCAAAUAACAAAGAUUGAAAGUUUAGGAAAAAGUUGCUGGUUAUAAUUUGUUAUCGUCUGUAGGUGUGGUAUGAUCUAUAUGGAACCUCAGCAGCUGGGCUGGUCUCCUCUCAGAGAUUCCUACAUGAACACGCUGCCUGAAAGCCUGAACACUGAGCAUAGAGGACUGGUAGGAUUGUGAACUUGCAGUUUAAUGAGGUGCUGCUUAGUUUUUCUUUUUUUACUGUUAGAUCAUCGAAGAUAUCUUAUAUCUGCUCCUUUGUUUUUUCUCCUGCAGAUAGUCGAUCUGUUUGAUUGGCUGGUUCAACCCUGUCUUGACUUCAUAGACAGAGAGUGUCGUUUUGUGGUCCAAACAUCCCCCAUCCACUUGGCCUACAGUCUAAUGAAGUUGUACACUUGCCUACUGGGUAUGAGAGAAUGACAUUUGGCAGUAUAAAUUUUUGAAGGUUUAUAUGUAUUAACAUUUCUGUCUAUACCUAGAUGAAAUUUCAGAGUCAGGAGCCAGCGGUACACCAAUGUCCAGCCGGCAGGUAACCAUAUGGCUGCAGGGUCUCUUCCUGUUUGCGGUUGUUUGGACUCUGGGUGGGACAAUCACUGGAGAGAGUCGCAAGAAGUUUGAUGUUUUUUACCGCAAUCUGAUCAUGGGCAUGGACGAAGAGCAUCCCCGGCCUAAGAGUGUCAAACUGAAAAAGAACAACAUCUUCCCUGAAAGAGGUGCAACAUUUCACAGCAGCUGUCUUCUAAAUAACUGUGAAAAUCUGCCAUUUUAACACAAGGAACCCUGAUCAUUUCCAGGCUCUGUGUAUGACUACUAUUUCCACAAAGACGGUCAAGGACAGUGGAACAUGUGGACGGAUUCAAUCACAAAGGACGAAAACAUCAUUCCAGCUGGAGCUAAUGUAAGUACAAGUUACCUCCGGUUUCAACUCUUGAAGAGCAUAUUCUAUACUCUGUUUCUCCUCAUCAGGUAUCAGACCUCAUCAUCCCAACCAUGGAGACGGCACGUCAGCUUUUCUUCCUGCGUACCUACCUUGCACAUGAAAUACCCACGCUGUUUGUCGGACCCACUGGCACCGGCAAGUCUGUCAUCAACAAAAGCUUCUUGGUAAAGCUCCCUAAGGAGCAAUACACACCAAACUGCAUCAACUUCUCAGCCCGCACCUCAGCAAAUCAAACCCAGGACAUCAUCAUGGCUAAACUGGACCGAAGGAGGAAGGGCGUGUUUGGACCUCCUGUGGGAAAGAAAUGCAUUGUUUAUGUUGGUAAGAUAGUCACAUGUAAAGUAUAACUUCAUCCUGCUGGUUUAAAGCCAAUCUUUGAUUUAUACAAAUGUUACACAUAAUUUUGUGUGAUUUUUAACUCUUCUGCACAGAUGAUCUAAACAUGCCUGCUAAGGAAAUCUAUGGCGCUCAACCCCCAAUCGAGCUGCUGAGGCAGUGGAUCGACCACCAUCACUGGUACGACAGGAAGGACACCUCCAGACUGAACAUAGUGGAUGUGCUGUUUGUGUCUGCAAUGGGGCCCCCUGGUGGUGGAAAAAAUGACAUCACAGGUGUCGUAAUACUUUGUUGAUUGAAUAUGGGUAUUAAAAAGUAGAUAGAGUUCAGUUAAUUGCAUCUUGAAAAAUGCUUCUAAUGUCAGGCCGCUUCACUCGCCACUUGAAUAUCGUCACCAUUGAUUCUUUUGACGAUGAGACGCUGACCAAGAUAUUCAGCUCCAUCACUGACUGGCACUUUGGCAAGGGCUUUGAUGCUUCUUUCAACAGGUAACGUCAAAUUUACAAUAAAUUAGAAAUCAUACAUUUGUAAAAUCAAACAAAGAAAGACAAGCUUAUUGUGAUUCGUCCUCUGUCUAAGACUCGGCAAGAUCAUGGUCCAAGCUACCAUGGCGGUCUAUAAAGACACAAUGGACAGCUUCCUCCCCACUCCAUUAAAAUCCCACUACAUCUUCAACCUGAGAGACUUUGCUCGAGUAAUACGAGGUGUGCUCCUUGCACCGCAUACACACGUGCAGGUAAGUGGCAACAGAAGCAAAAUAUUUUUAUCUGUCGUCUUGAAUAUUUUCACUCAUUUGUUUAACAUGUACCGCAGGGUGGAGACAAACUGAUCCGCUUGUGGAUCCAUGAGGUGUACCGAGUUUUUUAUGACCGACUUAUUGACGAUGAAGACAAGGAGAUGUUCUUUAACAUUGUGAAAGAGAGAAGUUCAGGCUUCUUCAAACACAGCGUGGAAAAGGUUUGGUCACACACCCUCAAGGUUCACUUCAGCCAAAGUCAAAAGGCUUGUUGACUCACCAUCUAUAAAACACAGCAGACAUUUUGGGGAAAAUGCGCUCUAAUAAAAAAAAAAUGUACAAAGUAGAUUUGAUUGACUGCUGCAUUCAUGUGCAAUAGGAAAUAUAGAAAUCGAGGGAUUUCUAGCUGAGGACUUAGUAGCCAAACUGGAAACAUGGACAACAAAACCAGCUGUUGGAGUACCAAUGCUUAGUAGAGUGUAGUAGUGUGUGGUGUAUUAAGAAAGUUGACUUGUUUCCCAUCUAAAUUCUCUUCUGUUCUUGUUUAGCUCCUGGGCCACUUGAGCCCAGAUGGCAAAGUAACAGAUGAGAGCAUCCGCAGCCUGUUCUUUGGUGACUAUACUAAGCCUGACUCUGACGUCAAGGCCUACGAUGAAAUCACAGAUUUGGGUGCCUUACAGGAAAUCAUGGAGUUCUACUUGGAUGAGUACAACAGCUGCAGCAAGACACCCAUGUCCCUUGUCAUGUUUAAAUUUGCCAUCGAGCACAUUUCUCGCAUCUGCCGGGUGCUAAAACAAGACAACGGCCACCUUUUACUUGUGGGCAUUGGGGGUUCAGGGCGUCAGAGUGCCACCAAGCUUGGCACCUUCAUCAACGACUAUGUCCUGUUCCAGAUUGAGUUGACAAAGACGUACAACAUGUCAGACUGGAGGGAUGACCUGAAGAAGAUAAUGCUUAAAGCAGGCAUUGAGGGGAAGAGCCUAGUGUUCCUGUUUAAUGACAGCCAGAUCAAAGAUGAGGCAAUGUUAGAGGACAUCAACAUGCUGCUGAACACCGGUGAUGUACCUAACAUAUUUGCUGCAGAUGAGCGUGCUGACAUCAUUGAGAAGAUGCAGGGGAUCGCCCGCAUGGAGGGCAGGAAGAUUGAUGCCACCCCGCUCUCUUUGUACAAUUUCUUCAUUGACCGCGUGAAAGCAAACCUUCAUAUCGUGCUAGGUGAGCAAAGCAAGGUUACCUUUUUUAAUUUUUUUUAUUUUAAGUAGUUUAAACUGACACUUUCUGUAUCGAACAGCCAUGAGUCCUAUCGGCGAUGCAUUCAGGAACCGUCUCAGGAUGUUCCCCUCGCUCAUCAACUGCUGCACCAUUGACUGGUUCCACGCAUGGCCGAAUGACGCUCUAGAGAUGGUGGCCCAUAAGUUUCUGGAGGAUGUGGAGAUGGACAGUGACAUCAGACUAGAGUAAGUAUGCAGUUGUGUAUAUCCUGGCACAAACAUUCAUUUUUGGUUCCGGUAAUAGACUGUAAAUUAUAAUGGACACCAAUUAUGUUCACUAACUGUAAAGCCAAAAUGUGUAGAGCUCCCCCUACAGACUGGCUGCUGCAAAGGUCAUAGAUUUUAACUCUUUCAUGUCAGCCAAUGGAGGGUGGGUCAAACUGUAAAACUAGCAGAGUCGGAGAAGAUCCAAAACUGUUUAUUAGUCCCUCGUUUGUUUUUUUUCUGUGAUCUCAGAGUGGUAGAAAUGUGCAAGACCUUCCAGACAAGCGUGCGAGAGAUGUCUCAAAGGUACUUCUCUAGACUGAGGAGACACAACUAUGUCACCCCCACCUCCUACCUUGAACUCAUCCUCACCUUCAAGACUCUCCUCAACAUCAAGAGGAAUGAAGUGAAUACUGCCAGGAACCGUUACAUCAUUGGUCUCCAGAAGCUCGAGUUUGCAGCAUCGCAGGUGAUGAACUCUUGAAGUGAACACCUUUGAUUUUCUUGUCUUUUCUAACCUAUUUUAGGCUCUUUUCAUGAUCAAACUUGCCUCCACGUCCACAGGUGUCAGUGAUGCAGGCAGAGCUGACAGCCUUGCAGCCAGAGCUCAUACAGACCUCAGCAGAAACAGAUAAGAUGAUGGUUAAGAUAGAGGGAGAAACUGUGGAAGUGGACGCUAAGAAAGAACUUGUGUCUGCUGAUGAGAAAGUGGCGAAUGAAGCAGCAGCUGCAGCACAAGCCAUAAAGGUACACAUGUAUUUCUGGAGCACUGAUAUAUUAAACCAGUGUGAAAAUGUCCAUAAUUCAUGAAUUUUCUAAUAUUUAUACAUCUGAGAAUUUUUCUGAUUUUACAGGAGUUUUUGAAAAUAUUUGAUUGUAGAUUUAUUCACCUGUUUGUUUAUCUGUUUAUCAGGAUGAGUGUGAGGGAGACUUGGCAGAAGCAAUGCCUGCUUUGGAGGCUGCUCUGUCAGCCCUGGACACCCUAAAACCUGCAGACAUUACAGUAGUCAAGUCAAUGCAGAACCCACCAGGUCUGGUCAAGCUGGUCAUGGAGUCCAUCUGUAUAAUGAAGGGCAUCAAACCAGAGAGAAAGCCUGAUCCUGGUGGCUCAGGUGAGAUCCAAGUCACACAAGACUUUUUUUCAAUCAAAUGGUGUUUUUAUGACUGAGGGUGUUAUUUCAUAUGCUGAAGAUGCAACACUAGAUCUAUUGUGCAUAAAUGUGUUGCAGUUAAGAUGAUUGAGGACUUCUGGGGCCCUUCUAAGAAGCUCCUCGGUGACCUAAAGUUUUUGGAAAGUCUCAAAGCAUACGACAAAGACAACAUCCCUGCUCCAUACAUCAAGAAAAUCAGAGAUAAGUUCAUUGAUAACCCUGAGUUUCAGCCCGCUGUGAUCAAAAACGUCUCCUCUGCGUGUGAGGGUCUCUGUAAAUGGGUGCGAGCCAUGGAGGUGUACGAGCGUGUUGCCAAAGUGGUUGCCCCAAAGAAGAAGAGGCUGAAGCAGGCAGAGGAGGAGCUGGCAGUGCAGAUGGAGAUGUUGGCUGUGAAAAGAGCUGAGCUGAAGGAGGUGGAGGACAGGCUGCAGAGCCUGAAUGAUGACCUGGCUGCCAUGAUUAACAAGAAGAAAGACCUGGAGGACAACAUCGAGCUGUGUUCUCAGAAGCUGAUAAGAGCAAAGAAGUUGAUUGAAGGGCUUGGUGGGGAGAAGGACAGGUGGACUGAGGCUGCAAGCCAACUGGAGAUCCGGUAUGUUGAAAAACUGUCUUUCUGUUUUUUCGUGACACUUUAUUUAUUUAUUAAUAAAUUUGCUUUGCUCUAAACUUUCUCUCUGCAGCUACACCAACCUGACAGGUGACAUACUCCUCUCUUCAGGGACUGUUUCAUACCUCGGAGCCUUUACCGUAGACUACCGGACAGAGUGCCAGGAGCAGUGGCAUAUCCAGUGCCAGGAGAAGAAAAUCCCCUGCUCUGAGGACUUUACCCUCAGCAACACCCUCGGAAACCAGGUCUCCAUCAGGGCGUGGCAGAUCGCUGGACUGCCGGUUGACUCCUUCUCCACAGACAAUGGGAUCAUUGUGUUUAACUCCCGCCGUUGGCCGCUCAUGAUUGACCCUCAAGGCCAAGCCAACAAGUGGAUCAAAAACAUGGAGAAGGCUAAUAAACUAGCUGUCAUCAAACUCUCAGAUGGAAACUAUGUGCGAGUCUUGGAGAACUGUAUCCAGUUUGGGACCCCAGUUCUUUUAGAGAAUGUUGGAGAAGAACUAGAUCCUGUUCUUGAGCCUGUGUUGCUGAAACAGACUUUUAAACAGCAAGGCGUGGAGUACAUGAAGAUCGGGGAGAAUAUUGUAGAAUACUCUAAAGACUUUCUGUUUUAUAUGACCACUGGACUGAGAAACCCUCACUACCUCCCAGAAGUGGCUGUCAAGGUCUGUCUGCUGAACUUCAUGAUUACACCACAAGGCCUACAGGACCAGCUUUUGGGGCUGGUGGCAGCUAAAGAGAAACCUGAGCUGGAGGAGAAGAAGAAUCAGCUCAUCCUGGAGAGCGCCGCCAACAACAAGCAGCUGAAAGAGAUCGAGGAUAAGAUCUUACAAGUGCUUUCUUCUUCUGAGGGGAACAUCCUGGAGGAUGAGACUGCCAUUGAGAUCUUGUCAUCUUCCAAAGUCCUUUCUUUUGAGAUCUCAAAGAAGCAAAAAAUUGCCAGUGUGACAGAAAAAGAGAUUGAUGACACUCGUAUGGGUUACCGCCCUGUGGCUGAGCACUCCUCCAUCUUAUUUUUCUGUAUCUCAGAGCUGGCAAACAUCGAGCCCAUGUACCAAUACUCCCUGACCUGGUUCCUCAACCUUUACCUGUAUUCCAUCGCUAACAGCGUUAAAAGCGAAGACGUGGCUGAAAGGAUCAACAACAUAGUCGAUCACUUCACCCUCAGCAUCUACAACAACGUGUGCCGCUCACUUUUUGAAAAAGACAAGCUUCUUUUCUCCCUGCUGCUUACUGUCGGCAUCAUGCAGGGCAAGGGUCUGAUUGACGACCAAGUGUGGCGCUUCCUUCUCACAGGCGGCAUCGCUUUGGACAACCCUCACCCCAACCCUGCUCCAGAGUGGCUCUCUGACAAGUCCUGGUCUGAAAUUGUCAGGGCAUCCAAGCUUCCAAACUUGGACGGUUUCUUUGAACAUGUCCAAGACAACAUCCCUAAAUGGAAGACGCUCUAUGAUUCAGGACGGCCUCAUAAGGACGAGUUACCUGACCAGUGGAGGGAGCUGGAGGGGAUGGACAGAAUGGUGGUGAUCAGGUGCUUCAGGCCUGAUAAACUGGUCCCAGCAGUCCAGGAUUUUAUAGUGGAUAUCAUGGGACAGGCUUACAUUGAACCACCAACUUUUGACUUGGCAGGGAGUUACAAAGACUCCAACUGCUGCUCUCCUCUCAUCUUUGUGUUGUCACCAGGAUCUGAUCCAACUGCAGGUGCUUAACUGAAAACUUAACUUUAUCCAAACUGUACAUUACUGUCAAAUAGAGGAGUAAAGCUGGUUCAGAGGUGACUAUUUCUGAAUCUAAAAGAGUCUAAAAGAAGUGCUUUUUUCUGCAGGUCUGCUGAAGUUUGCAGAUGAUCUAGAAAUGGGAGGCAGUAAGACCCAAACCAUUUCCCUAGGCCAGGGACAGGGACCCAUAGCAGCUCGGAUGAUUGACAAGGCCAUCAAAGAAGGCACCUGGGUGGUGCUACAAAACUGCCACCUGGCCACCAGCUGGAUGCCCACUUUGGAGAGGAUCUGUGAGGAAACCAUCACCCCAGAGGCCACACACCCCAGCUUUAGGUAACUGAUUCUACUGAGUGAGUUUAACCAGAUCAAGAACUCGCAGAGAUUGAUGUUUGAGAAAAGUGUCCCCCCUUCCCCAGGUUGUGGUUAACCAGCUAUCCAUCCGACAAGUUCCCCGUCAGCAUCCUGCAGAACGGGCUAAAGAUGACCAACGAGCCUCCUAAAGGGAUAAGAGCCAACCUGCUGCGCUCCUACCUGAGUCACCCCAUCUCUGAUCCUGCAUUCUUCGAUAGCUCUAAGAAACAAGCCAUUUGGCAGAAGUUCCUGUUUGGUCUGACAUUCUUUCACGCUCUGGUGCAGGAAAGGAGGAACUUUGGACCUCUGGGUGAGAAAUUGUGCUGCCCUUUGUGUUUUUUAAGGAUGCUCGCGGCUUUUCACUUAAAUGUUUUAAAAAGAUAUUUUUCAUCACAUUUCUCAUUAUUCAGCUGUUGUUUAAAUAUGGAAACCCCUCUAUAGUUUGUACUAUGUCCAUAUUCUCUUAGGUUGGAAUAUUCCCUAUGAGUUUAAUGAGUCUGAUCUGAGGAUCAGUAUGAGGCAGAUCCAGAUGUUCCUGGAUGAGUAUGAUGAGGUUCCACUGGAGGCUCUCACAUACCUUACAGGUAAGGAUUCAAAGAUGCUAACACAGCAGAAAUGUGGUCAGACCUCUUUGUAACACCACAACUAGUUUUAUAAAGAUUUAAUGAUCCUUUCUCAUCUCUCUCAGGUGAGUGCAACUAUGGCGGCAGGGUGACGGAUGACAAAGACAGGCGUCUGCUGCUGUCGCUUUUGUCAAUUUUCUACAGCUGGGAUCUGAUCCAGCAGGAGGGCUACCACCUGUGUGAGGGGGAUCUAUAUUAUGUCCCUGCUCACGGCCCCUAUCAGGUACUGUCAGCAUGAUUGUCAAUUUAUGCGAAAUGUUACAGCUAUCAUUAUCAGUCUUACCAUGACAUGAAGCAGCUUUCUUCGAAUUAUGACCAAAUUAAAAGUAUUUUUGAGAAUAAUGGUUUUAAUCUCAGUCUGCAAUGUCUUCUUGAUAAUGUUUGGCCCUAAAGGAGCCAUGCUCAAGAUCAUAAUCACUGUCACUGUCACAAUUAAAUAAAGAUUAAAAGAAAUAAAACUUCUCUUACAUGAUUUUCUUUCUUUCAGACUUACGUUAGCUAUAUCCGCAGCCUUCCAAUCUGUGCCGAUCCCUCUGUGUUUGGACUUCAUAGCAACGCUGACAUCACCAAGGAUAAUCAAGAGACCAAUCAGCUCCUAGAUGGAGUUCUGCUGACCCUGCCCAGGCAGACAGGGGGCGGGGCUAAGUCUCCACAGGUUUAUACUAUUUUUAAGCCUAUUUUAAUUUCCUUAAAGAAGAAUCUCAUACAAACUAAUUUUCUUACAAACAAUUGUAGGAAGUAGUUGAUGAGCUUGCAGAAGACAUCCUGUCCAAACUGCCUGCAGACUUUGACAUCCAACUAGUGAUGGAUCUGUACCCUGUCAUGUAUGAGGAGUCCAUGAACACUGUUUUGAGGCAAGAAGUCAUCCGCUUUAACAGGUAAUGACAACUUUUGAUGCAACAUGAUCAUGAUAAAUGAAGGAGACAAACUUCAUUUCCAAUCACUUGUUGAUCACAUGGAUAAAAAACCUUAUCAGACUCCACUUCUUUUUUCACAGACUUACACAUGUGGUUCGCAUCAGCUUGAUUAACAUCCGCAAAGCCCUGAAGGGCCAGAUCGUUAUGUCUGCUGAGCUUGAGAACGUUUUCAACAGUAUGCUGGUGGGCAAGGUGCCCGCCAUGUGGGCAGCCAAGUCAUAUCCAUCUCUAAAGCCAAUGGGGAGCUAUGUGACCGAUCUGUUAGCCAGGCUGCAAUUCUUACAAGUAAGAAUUAUGGUCCUACAGUGCAGCAGAGGUGGAAUAUGACUGCCAGGAUAAAUGGAGCACAUACUGAGCUUUUUGAAUCCAGCAGCUUGGGCUGUAUUUACAGUUUGCUUUGUGUGUAGUUUGGAAGAGAUUUAAAAUCACAUCAGUAUGUAAAAUGAUACGAGAAUGAAUCGAUUUGUUACAUUCAGACAGCAGUCAAGCCACAGAAUGAAUUGUGUCCCACCUAAUGCUUGGAUGUUUCUUUGGACAGGACUGGAUAGACAGUGGCCCGCCCACAGUCUUCUGGCUCUCCGGUUUCUACUUCACUCAGUCAUUUCUUACAGGAGUCGCUCAGAAUUUUGCCAGGAAGUACACCAUCCCCAUUGACUACAUCGGCUUUGAAUUUGAGGCAACUAUUCAGCUUUGCUCUAUUCAUAUGCAUUUCAAUAGAGUUAUAAUGGGGAUGUAUCAGGUUGAUAUCUAUAGUGCGAUUUGUGUUCCAGGUGACUAAAGAGGAGACCCAUAUGGAGGAGAAACCAGAAGACGGAGCCUAUGUUCAAGGUCUUUUCAUGGAAGGGGCUCGCUGGGACAGAGAGAACAUGGUCAUCGGCGAAUCUCUUCCCAAAAUCCUCUUUGACUCCUUGCCUAUCAUCAAGCUCAAACCAGGUGAAAUGGAUAAAUUUAAACAUGAAGAUGUCUACGUUUGUCCCGUUUACAAAACCAGUGCCCGCAGGGGGACCCUGUCCACCACUGGUCACUCCACCAACUAUGUCCUGUCUAUCGAGCUGCCUUCCGACAAGCCACAGAAACACUGGGUGAACCGCGGGGUGGCCUGCCUCUGUCAGCUGGAUGACUAA